AUGGAGGUUGAAAGGUCGUCGUUGCCGAUGUGGGUUAGGGUUUCUGAGGAGGCGACAGUGACUGUCGUCGAUGUGGGUGUGAGCAAGAAAGAGAGAAGAGAGGAGAGGUGGGCUGAGUACAUAAUGGAGGGUCAAACUAUCGAAAUUGAAGACAAAGGACAAGAAAAACAUGUUCAAGAAAUUAUGGAAGAAGAACAUGUUCAAGAAAUUGUGGAGAAUGAAGAGCAUGUUCAAGUAAUUGUGGAGAAUGAAGAACAUGUUCAAGAAAUUGUGGAGAAUGAAGAGCAUGUUCAAGUAAUUGUGGAGAAUGAAGAACAUGUUCAAGUAAUUGUGGAAGAAGAAGAAGAACAUGUUCAAGUAAUUGUGGAGAAUGAAGAACAUGUUCAAGUAAUUGUGGAAGAAGAAGAACAUGUUCAAGAAUUUGUGGAGAAUGAAGAACAUGUUCAAGUAAUUGUGGAGAAUGAAGAACAUGUUCAAGUAAUUGUGGAAGAAGAACAUGUUCAAGAAAUUGUCGAAGAAGAAGAACAUGUUCAAUAA